AUGGCGAGAGUACUGACUAUGGGCCACCGCGGCAUGGGCUGCAGCAUCCCCGGUACGCUGGCGCUGUACCCCGAGAACGCGCUGAGUUCCUUCCGCGAGGCUGUGCGCCUCGGCGUUGAGGGCGUCGAGCUCGACGUAUUUCUGUCGCGCAACAACGAGCUUCUGGUCAUUCACGGCCACCAUUCGGAUGCCAGCCUGUGUCUCACGGCCCUUAGACGCGAUGCUUCCUCAGGCGUGCAGCGCUUUGGUUACGAGGACCUCGUGGAAAAGUACGACAUCAGAGCGUCUGACCUGUUGCUGAGGAAGCCAUGGCGUGUUCUGAACCAGCAUGAGAGCCUCCAGAGCGUGCUGGAGAAGCACCGCAGCGACGUCCACGCCUCCUUCCGGUCGUACAUGGAGAAGCUGGACGUGUGCGAAGACGAAUGCGUGCCGACGUUGGAACAGGUCUUCCAGGAGUUCGGGGACAAACUGAUAUACAACAUCGAGCUCAAGGGCACCAGGCCCGAGAUUGGCGAACACGUGCUCAACUUGGUGGAGCGCUACCCGCAGAUAAAGGUGAUCAUUUCCUCCCUGAACUGGCUUCCCCCGGAUCUGAGCCCCGACUCGCCGUACGGAGAGUACGACAUCGAGAGGCUGCCAAACGGCAAAGUCCCGGUCGACCUCUUGCGACCCUUGAUCAACAACAGGCUUGGUUUGCCCAUCGGGCUUCUGUUCAACAACGAGCGCUCUGACCUGCCCAGCAUAGGCCGCAUUUUAGAGUGCGCGAAGGUCUUCGGAGCCCAGUGGAUCAUUGUUGCGCACGACAUCUGGAAGUCUAAGCUGCCCAUCGUUGGCUGCGCGAAGACCGGCAUCGACACGCUCCACCACCUGAUCAGCGAAGUGCGCCGCAAUGGCCUUAAGAUAAUGACUUACUUCCUGGAGUCACAGCCUGAUGACGCUGAGGAUCUCAAACUCCAUGUCGAGGCCGGCGUGGACGCCAUCUGCCCUAACGACGUAGAAGUCGCCCUCCAGAUAAUUGACAAAACUUCCGGUUCCAAAAACUAA